AUGACUCUCGACCGAGAACCAACUCAUGGUAAGCGUAAACGUGGGGACAGGAGACGUGCCUCUCUGGCUUGCGAGACAUGCAGAAAGCAAAAGGAGAAGUGUGAGGGGGGUCCUCCCUGUUGGAGAUGUCAACGACUAGGUCGAUCAUGCCAAUUUCAAGGCCAACCGAUACCGAGAGCGACAUCCCCUUGUCCCUCUUCCGCCCCCGUCACGUCCGCUCCGAGAGACGACAGUCGGCGAAUAGAAAGCCUGGAGUAUAUUGCUCGCCAUUUUCUUGGCGAUGUUCCUUUGGACGAGGAGAAUGUCUGCCGUAUUGCGGAUCAAUUACAAAGCUCGACGAGCACUACCCGGCCGGAAACUACCCUAGAUAUCAACGAAUCAUUCGAUGUUCAUUUCGUAUCAAAUAAUGUGGCGCAUUACGCCGGGGAAUUUUCUCACUGGACAUUUUCCCAGAAAUUACGGCACAAAAUGAGCUGCCAAAUAGACCAGCCUAAUUCCAGUGUUAAAGAAUACUGGCGACCAACGCAGCUUCAGUCCUCACCCAAUAUCAUACUGGAGACAAUGACACAUUUACCACCGAGACCUAUUGCCGACUUCCUCGUUACCAUGUUCUUCAAAUACGUCGAGAUCAACUCCUUUUACAUGGAACGGAAAUGGAUUGAAGAGAAGGUGGCUCUCUGUUACAGCUCGGCAACUACAUAUACGGCCAUUGACUUUCCGUGGGUAUGCUCGGUUUUCAUUACUUUGGCCAUUGGAACUCAGGUAGCCCAUAUGGAGGACGAAAAGCCGACUCCCGAUUCGGAGGUCACAGAAGAGCUCAACUUAUGCUCUGAAGACUCUGUCGGCCUAAUCUUCUACCAUGCGGCAUGCAAGCUUAUUCCAGAUGUUCUUUUGGUUGCUUCUCAUGAAAGUGUCCAGGUCUUCUUGCUUCUCGCCACAUAUGCACUGCCAGUUUCCACAGGUGGCCUUGCUUACACAUACUACGGUCUUGCAAUGAAGAUGGCUAUUCAAAACGGGAUGCAUCGAAGAUACGAAGGCGGCAACUGUGACGCUAGAACCAUAGAAAUCAGGAAUCGGUUAUUUUGGACGGCAUACACAGUUGAAAAAUAUAUUAGCAUCUUGCACGGACGCCCGAUGUCAAUCGCGCGAUCUGAAAUCAACGCUGACAUGCCAAGAGACUGCUCUACGUUUGAGUCACCACGAUUUGCAAACCUAAUGGCGUUUCAUAAAUUGAUUCCAUAUUUAGGGGAGGUCUCUGAAACACUUACGCAAUUUAAAAAAUGUCCCAAAAGACUCCUGUCUGAUUAUUUAGAGCGUCUUUUGCAGGUGAGGGCAAGUAUCAAGCAGUGGUGGGAUUCGCUCCCAGCCACUAGAGAAUGUCGAGACCUGUGCUCGCAAGGCCCGAAUUUCCGACAGAACGCGCAUCUCAGAUUGUGCUAUCUGCUCAUAUAUGUCUACAUGGGUCGUGCGUUCAUCUUUGUUGAUGACAGAAAACAACCAGGUGAGGCUAUCAUUGGCGCAGAUCAUGAUUCAGGACGUGCGUCUCGGUCGGCUUUGGUGGACGACUGCGUAUCGAGCGCUUUGGAUAUUCUCAACACUUUACAAUCAUUAUCGGACCAUGUCGGUCUUUGUCGUGCUUCUUAUAAUGAAUUUGGUGCUUGUCGUGCGGCUAUUCUGGUCAUUCUUGCAGAAAGCCUCAACUCGGGAAGGUCCCAGAGACUCCAAGAUGGCCUGCACCGCGGAAUGGGUCUGAUACGUCAGAUGGUUGGUGGAAGCUCUUCGAAAUCGGAGAUAUCAUACCUGGAGUCUAUCGAAGCAGCUAUCAGCCAGCUUCUAGCCGCACCUGAAGAAGACAACGUUUUCCAGUCGCAGAGUGAUCAAGGUUCCAUCUCUGCAUAUUCAAAGUUCAAAGACUGGACGCAGUCGCUAAAGAAGGACAAACCAGCAAGUGGAAAUCUCGAGCUAUCUUCGUUUAGUCCAUUGGCACAUCUUACUCCUGGCACGGAGCCUUUUGCACUUCCAGAACUGAACGAAAUGACGACUCUUUUUGACCCUGACUGGUCAAAUGGUGAUUUUGAGUUUAAUACGUAUAAUCUUUCAUCGCUGUCAAAGUGA